AAUAUCAUCGAGGCGGAAGUACAGGCGCGUCAGUGCGCGUGCAUUCAUUCAAACUGACUUCUGGGGCGCGCGCGGGGAAAGGGCUGUCUGAUCUCCUCGAGCACAAAUCCUCAUAAUAUCCGUUUACCGGGCGAUUCUGACAUCAAGUUUAAAGGCAUGAUGAUACAGGAGUGAAGUGCCUUGAGUGCCAAAACCAAAAUCGGCUGGAGGAUGUCGGAGGAUGAUGAUGGAGAGUUGGUGGAGGUCUGUGGAGGAGGGCUUCAGGCGGAGGUGGAGAGGCUGACAGCAGAGCUGCAGGAGGCCAAUGAGGAGAAAUUACAAGCUGCGCGGUAUGGUCUGGCCAUGCUGGAGGAGAGCGCUGCCCUGCAGAGCAAACACAGCCAGCUUGAAGAGGAGCAUGAAGCUCUCAAACUGGAGCUACAGGAGCUUCGAGAGGCCCUGGCAGAGUCUGUCAACAGUCAUAAGCGUGCGGCAGCAGAUGGGGAAAACCGAGAGGAAAGUCUCCUGCAAGAGACGGCCAACAAAGAGGCAGCCAUGGCCAUUCGCAUGGAUGAGCUACAGGCAGAGCUUAAACAGGCCCGUGUCAUGCUGGCCAAUGCCACAUCUGAAAAUGAGAGACUGGCUGGACUUUCCAUCCAAUUGAAGAAGGAUUGUGAGUGUUUGGAUGCGGAGAAGAUCCGUGUUAAAGAGCAAAUGAAGGAGUACAAGGCCCGAGAGGUGCAGCAGCUUCAAGACAACAGCGAGCUGGAAGAGGAGAACAUCUCACUGCAGAAACAAGUCUCCCUUCUUAAGGAGAACCAGGUGGAGUUUGAAUCACUAAAGCUGGAGAUAACUCAUAAAGAAGAAGAGUUGGAGCUAAUGAGGACGCAGCUGGAAGAGGCUGGACGUCUGCGAGAUAUCGCAGAGCGCCAACUGGACGAGGCCCUGGAGGCCCUCAAAGAGGAGAGAGAGCAGAAGAACAGCCUGAGACGAGAGCUAGCUGCCCUAAACCUCAACCCCUUUGACUCCAUCAGCCACCUGGAGAUACAGCUGGAUGAGAGCAAUGACGGAGAGAAGGAAAAGGAUGGAGGAGAGGAGGAGGAGAUGGACAGUGGAUACAACAAUUCCAAAGGCAUGGAGAAACACCGAUGUUCCACACCCAGAAACAGUGAUGUGUUUUUUAGACCUCAAGGUCCUGGGCUUGUGACCGACCUGCUGAGUGAGCUGCACCUGUCAGACAGCCAGAAACUCAAGCAGCAAGUACUACAGGUGGAAAAAGAGAAAGCCACAUUGACCAUCACUGUGCAAGAUCUCCAGCAGCAGUUAGUCCAAUCUAAAGAUGCCUUUAAUGAGCAACAGGUCAAGAUGGAUCAGCUCACCCAACGUUUGGAGAUCCUUCAGAGUCUCAAAGUCUCAACAAGCCCGGUUCCCAAGACCCUUGAGAACCAAGAAGCUGAAAAUGGCAUCAGCUACUACGAGGUGGAUGCCAAAAGCACAGAAGUAUUACAGUGCAGCAUGCAAGCGGCAAGUGAAGAGCUUGCGCGACUACGUGAGGAGCUGAAGGAGGUCGGCCAGCGCUCCAAAGCCCUGGAAGAGCGUUACAAGCUGGAGAAGGAAUGCUGGAAGGGUGAGGCACAGGGUCUCGCAGACAAAAUUCGACAGUGUAUCACCGCCAGCCGCCAGGACCAAGAACGAAUAGGACAGCUGGAGCGGGAAAUUGGCGCCACUAGGAAGGUCGCCACUGACUCUGAAGGCCAUCUCAGUGUUGCACAGGAGGAGCUUGUGGCAUUUUCCGAAGAGCUUGCCAACCUUUAUCAUCACGUGUGUGUUUGUAACAACCUAACACCCAGUCGAGUGACGCUGGAUUACUAUCGUGAUGAAGCACAACAAGGGAGAACGAAUAAUCACUCAAAACCACAGCAAAACCACUAUCACGGAUCCUUACGGAAGCACAGGCGGUCGGGGGAAAUGUUUGUGAAGGGAUCUCACACUGGGGACGUGGACAUAGGAAGUGGAGGUAGUGGAGAUACGUCCACCAGCUAUGGGAGUUGUCCAGGUUCACCUACACUAGACUUCAGGGACCCAACCAAUGUGCGCAAUCUGGUGGCUAUCAUACGUUGCCAGAUUAAACACUUAAAGGUGGCUGUAGAUCUGUGCAGGCAGCGUAACCCGUUGCUUUCCCCGACAGCAGACGGCAGCACCGACACAGACCGUGAUAUAGAGACACUGCUUGAGGAAGUGUUAAAACUGAAGUCGCUCCUGAGCACCAAGAGAGAGCAGAUAGCCACGCUCAGAACUGUCCUAAAAGCCAACAAACAGACCGCAGAGUUGGCCUUGACGAACUUGAAGACCAAGUAUGAGACGGAGAAGAGCAUGGUGGCAGAGACUAUGCAGAAGCUGAGAAAUGAACUGAAGGCCUUGAAGGAAGACGCUGCCACCUUCUCAUCUCUCCGGGUCAUGUUUGCAAGCAGAUGUGACCAGUACGUAACUCAAUUAGAUGAGAUGCAGAGACAGCUCGCCGCUGCCGAGGAUGAGAAAAAGACUCUCAACUCUCUCCUUCGAAUGGCAAUCCAGCAGAAGCUGGCGCUGACUCGUCGCCUCGAGCAGCUAGAAUCGCCCGUCUCCCCUCUCAGCAACGGCAGCAGUCCCCGUCGCUCUCGAACCAAACAUCUGACCAAAUCAGACCGAAGCCCAGUGAGACACAGCCCACGCUCCAGCCCGGUAUUAAUGACUGCUGUUCCGCAGAACCUGAGCGGCCACAUAAGGCCGCUGUCACGCAGCCAUCACUAUAAUCCAAGAUGAAAACCUCAUUAUCUCCUCCCUCUGUGCUUCAGUAUAUAUGUGGACCGUGUUCAUGUCCAGCUCAUGACCACUCUUACCCUGCAGACCCUGACCCCUCCCCAUCAUAGACCACACCUCAUUGGGUCUCUCCAUCUUUCUUGUGCCUCUCCCAUUAUCCCAUUUAGUUUUUGGAUCAAGUGAUGUUCUGCUUUAUGGCAUUAAAGCUCAACAUUAUGUUAUCACAUAAUGGUAUAUUAUUGGAACAUUUUAAUGAAUGGACGUUGUUGCACAUCAAAACACUCUUGAAGAUCAGUAUUGUUUUAAAUCUUAUUAUCUGUAACUGACAUGUUCUUAAGUUCAUUUGUUUUAGUUUUCCCCAGCUAGAGUUUUUCAGCUAUCAUGAAGGACAUUCCUCAGGUAUAACAUUGACAGUUACAUGUUGUUGCUUAUAUACAUGUAUGUGUCAUUUCAUCAUCUUUAACCCUUAUUAACUUCAUCAAAAGCUACAUUUUUAGCUCAUGCGCUGCUUGGUGAUGGUGAUAGUAGUUGCUCUGACCUUAAAUGAUAGCUACAUUGACACAGUGAAUCAUAUAUAACCAAUAUAACUCUUAACUAUGCAGAAAUACAAAGAUUUAGCUGCUAAUCAACUCAUGCAAAAACUGCCAGUUUUACUACCUAAAACACACAGGGUUAACUUAUUAUUGACCAGCACUGUUAGACUAACAUUAUUUUAUUAUGUAGGACAGAUGUAAAUUAUUCUCUCAGUUAUCUCACAAGAUAAAAUAUUGCAGGAAAUUAUGACCGGAUAUAAAAUAGUGCCUUAUUUUUGGGAGAAAAUUGUUUUAAUAGACUUCGUUUUGUGGAUAUGUAGAUAUUGUUACUUUCCUUUGCAAAUGCCUUGUUUUGUUGAAAUCAAAACAAGCAGUAUUAGUAUUACACUGUUCUUGUCAGAACUUUGUGUAUAUUUCUGUAUUUAAGACAUUGUGUGUUGAUUUGACAGUCGACACAUCCUAAAUGUAUCUAUUUUUUGUCUUUCAAUAUAUUUCUGUUUUAAUAAUGCUUCCUGUUUUCAUUUUUAGUGAUUUUCUUAUAUAUUUUGUUGUCAACCUAAAACUUUAUUGUAACAGGAAAAAUCUUGUGUGUAAAAUAUGUUGUGUAAAAAUAAAGCUGUUUCAAUGUU